AUGACAGUUGUUGUGCCUGGUAAUGCCUACACCACGUGCCAUCUAGUGUGCCGUCUUUGGCCGUCUCAGCCCUUGCCGCUUUGCUGCCCUACGUUGUUUCUUUCUCUACCCUAAACAUUAGUAGGGAGUUCGUUUUGGCGUAGUGAAUUAAUUUGAAGCAGUUCACACUGAUAAGAUAGGCGCCUUGGCACCACCUUUUUGACUCCGUUAAGCACCGGAAUUACUCGGAAUGGCAGACGACUUUUACCUUCGGUACUACGUAGGCCAUAAGGGAAAGUUUGGUCAUGAGUUCUUGGAGUUCGAGUUCAACAAGGACGGUCGGCUUCGUUACGCGAACAAUUCCAACUACAAGAACGAUGAGAUCAUCACUAGGGAAGUGUACGUGAGUCAAUCAGUCAUUGCGGAGCUUAAGCGCAUUGUGGAGGACAGUGAGAUCAUGAAGGAGGACGACAAUAACUGGCCCGCUCCGGAUCGCGUGGGGAGACAGGAGCUGGAGGUGGUGCUUGGUGGGCAGCACAUUUCCUUCACGUGCACCAAGCUCGGGUCUGUCUUGCAAGUUCAGAACAGCAAAGAUCCAGACGGCCUCCGGAUUUUCUACUAUCUGGUCCAAGACCUCAAGUGCUUUGUCUUUUCGCUUAUAUCGGCACACUUCAAGAUCCAGCCGAUCCAGAAAUAAUUGAAGUAACCUUUUAACUCGAUUCAGCGUUUCUCCUGACCUGUGCUUGUGUUUUUUGGGUGGAUGGUGUCUGACACAUGUCUCGAAGCAUAUGAUGGCUUGGUUACAUGGCCGUGCCUACAUGGUAGUAAUGCGUUUGGAUGAGUGCCAUAUGCUGAUUGCAGGAGUUGGCCACACAUGCAACACGUCCAGAAUGACCCACGGACCACAUCUUGACUGCAUUCCCGAGAUUGCAUGGCUAAGAGUAACAAUGCGGACAGAAAUGAGCAUUCCACCAAUGUAAAUGCGAUAAGUAUUUACGCAUCGGAAAAUGCAAAUUAAAUUCCUCAGUAUCAUGCAACAGAUGCAAACCAAUCUGGUAUCGAUGCCAAAUCGUGCAUGAUGCAGAACGAGGGCAGCAAAUGUGUGCCGUACAGCAGCCACUGCUACUUCUUCGCCUUGGGCGCCUUGCCCGCCUGCACCACGGCCGCCUGCGCUUCAAGAGUAGUCGCCUUUUGGGCGAGCUUCCGGUUAACCUCCUGCAGCCGUGCCAACUCGCGCUUUACUGUGAUCACGCUCUCGUCCAGCUCCGCCAAUUCCAUGGUCUUGGAUACCAGCUGCUGUACCAGCCGCUCGUUUUCGGAACGCAGGUUGCGCAGCUCCUCCAUGUUAGCGCUGCUCAUCGUGACUGCGCCACUGGCUCCGGCCGAGCGGCCCUGCGCAACUUGGCCUAGAAGCUGCUUGACCUUGCUCUGAAGUUCCGUGACUUGUGUCUGCGCCUCUGUGAGCUGGUCUUGAAGCUCGUCGAUCUC